GCACACCUUGAUAUUGAGCACAUUGCGGAGCGCGGCGAUCGCGUGAGCCGCGAGAGCACGCAUCACUCGCUCGAUUGUGCAAAUCGAGGACACCUUGAAUCUAUCAAAGCAAUUGCAACGAGCGCUGCAAUAGUGCAGCUCUGCUGAUCUCUACAGCGACAGGACCUCUCCUUAGUAGCCGCAAGCGACGCGCCGCCGCAAGGAUGAUGAGGACAGCACUGUGGGCGAGCGCGGUCGCGGUCGCGGCCGGCUUCGCACCCACAACACGACGAGCAACGUCGCUGCGCGGUGCACAACGACCAACACAACUACAAAUGUCCGCCGCGCCGCCGCCGCCGCCGCCGCCGGAGCUCGCCGCGCCCGUCGCAGUGAGCUCGGGGCGCGCUUUGCUGAGCUGGGGCAACGCGCCUUAUUUGGCUGGCGCGGCCUUUGUAGGGUACCGCGGCUACAAAACAGUAAGUAACAUCAAGGACAAACAAGCCAAGCUCAUCGAUGAAUUUGGUGGUAAACUAAAGCUCGGCAAGAAGCAGAGCAAGGCCCAGUUCGAGGCCACGAAGAAGCUGUACGGGAAGAAGCUCAUGUUUUUGCCGAGAGGCCCCGCGCUCUUCGCGUCUGGCUUGAAGGCCAUUUGCACGAAAAAAGUGUCGAUCAAUUCGUUGAAUGCGUUUCGGGAUUUGUGCGACGUCUUCGGCGUGACCAAGGCGGACCAGGUCGCGUCUGCUGUUGAAUCUGCAGUCUCGCAAACGAAUGCGCGGGGCAAGGCUUUGUUCUACGCUUCGAGAAGCGGGUUAUCAUCACCGAGACUCACCAACCUCGCCCUGGAGGGCCUCGACGGCAAGAAGGAGUUCCUGCAAGCGACGCAGGACGGCUACGCGCAGCAAGCGUACAUCGCUGCAUUAGGCAAGUCAAAGCCGUACACCGCGAACGCCCAGGCGGUGCAAGCAUUAGGCUUGGAUGCGGGAGAAGCGCAACUCAUCCUCGACGACCUCAACGCGGAACCGGACCCGGACGCCGACAAAGAAGAGUGGCAGAAAGAACUCGAGGCAAAAGUAGUAGAGGAGACGGGAGCGCUGCCCGACGCCGACGAGGUCGACAUGACCGACAAGUUCGCGCCGCCCUCGGGGAAAGAAGAUGAAAUGAUGCUCACGUGCGAGUGCGAGGAGUGCGGCUACACCUUAUUUAUCGCCGCCGGCAGGGAAGGGAAGUUCUUCGGCGACUCGUAUAAAUGCCCCGAGUGCGGGGCUCCCAAGUCGAAGUUCAAGAUCGACGAGGCGCCGAGCGCGUAGUGGUAGGCGGGUAAGCCUCGCUUGUUA